UCCUAUAAAUUUAUCGGGCGUGUACAGGCCGAAGAAAGAUACAAAAGCUUCUCGAAUGCUCCUCUCAAUUUCCAUUCCCUUCCUGCGCCGACCCAAGCGAUCCCCUUCGUUUCCCUGCUACUAGUCUACGACUACUUCCUCUCGCCGGAAUCCGCCAAAGCCAUGAAGCGCUCCGCCGACGAACACGACCGCAAGCUUCCCUCCUCCGCUGCCGACGCCAAGCCUGUCUUCAUCACCAAAGCCGAGCGGCAGCGCCUCGCCCUUCAGCGCCGCGAGGAGGCCGUGGCCGAGCAGCGCCGCGCCGCCAUCGAACUACUCCAGCAGAACCACAACGAAGCCCCAAAGCCCCUUGAAGACCCCUUGCCUCCCUCCGACUCCAGCCAACGCCGUGACCACGAACGCGACCGGGACCGGGAUCGAGACCGCGACCGGGACCGAGACAGGGAACGGGAUCGGGUCCGGGACAGAGAUCGUGAUAGGGAUAGGGAUAGGGAUAGGGAUAGGGAUAGGGAUAGGGAUAGGGAUCGGGAGCGGGAGCGCGACCGCGAGCGAGAACGAGAUCGCGAUCGACGCACUCGCGACCGAGACCGGGAGCGCGAGGACGAGGCCCGUGCUCGAGAGCAGGCGCGCUCGGAGAAGCAAGCGGAGCGUGAGAAGACCAAAGAACUGGAUGCUAUCAAGGAGCAGUACCUAGGAUCCAAGAAACCGAAGAAGAGGGUUAUCAAGCCGAGCGAGAAGUUCCGCUUCUCCUUCGGCUGGGAGGACACCGAGGAUACCUCCAGGGACAUGAACGCCCUCUACCAGAACCCCCAUGAGGCGCGGCUUCUUUUUGGGCGCGGCUUCAUAGCGGGCAUGGACCGUCGGGAGCAGAAGAAGCAGGCCGCACGCCAUGAGAAAGAGACAAGGGAGGAAAUCCGGCGCAAGGAGGGCAUUGAAGAGCUUCCUGAGGAGGCUGCUGCCCAGAGGAAGAAAGAAGCAGCUGCCGAAAACUAUGAUUCCUUUGAUAUGCGUGUCGAUCGCCACUGGACAGAGAAGAAGCUAGAGGAAAUGACAGAACGAGACUGGCGUAUCUUCCGUGAGGACUUCAAUAUCUCCUUCAAGGGGUCACGGAUCCCGCGGCCUAUGCGAAGUUGGAGCGAGAGCAAGCUCAGGCCCGAGCUUCUCAAAGCUAUUGAAAAGGCGGGUUACAAGACCCCCUCCCCCAUCCAGAUGGCUGCCAUCCCUCUUGGCCUCCAACAACGUGAUGUGAUUGGCAUUGCAGAGACUGGGUCAGGCAAGACUGCAGCCUUUGUCCUCCCCAUGCUUAGUUACAUAACCAGGCUGCCACCCUUGACUGAGGAGAAUGAAGCUGAGGGGCCUUAUGCUGUUGUCCUGGCUCCUACACGUGAGCUUGCACAGCAGAUUGAGGAUGAAACUGUUAAGUUUGCUCACUAUCUAGGAAUUAAAGUGGUAUCCAUUGUAGGCGGACAAUAUAUUGAGGAACAAGGAUUCAAGCUGGGGCAGGGAUGUGAAGUAGUGAUUGCAACACCUGGUCGUCUUCUUGAUUGUCUGGAGAGGCGGUUUGCUGUGCUUAAUCAGUGCAAUUAUGUGGUACUUGAUGAAGCUGAUCGGAUGAUUGACAUGGGUUUUGAGGAACAGGUUAUUGGAGUGUUGAACAAAAUGCCUUCUAGCAAUUUGAAGCCAGAGAAUGAGGAUGAGGAACUUGAUGAGAAAAAGAUAUAUCGUACUACAUACAUGUUUAGUGCGACAAUGCCUCCAGCUGUCGAACGACUUGCUAGGAAUUAUUUGAGGAACCCUGUUGUUGUUACGAUUGGCACUGCUGGCAAAACCACUGAUCUCAUCACUCAGCGUGUGAUCAUGAUGAAGGAGUCUGAAAAGCUUACAAUGCUCCAGAAGCUUCUUGAUGACCUUGGGGACAAGACAGCCAUUGUUUUUUGCAACACUAAGAAGUCUGUUGAUAUAAGAGCCAAGGACCUGGACAGAUUGGGCUACAGGGUGACCACACUUCAUGGUGGGAAAUCCCAGGAACAAAGGGAGAUCAGCCUCGAGGGCUUUAGGAAUAGGAGGUUUAAUGUUCUUGUAGCUACUGAUGUUGCUGGACGCGGGAUUGACAUUCCUGAUGUCGCUCAUGUGAUUAACUACGAAAUGCCAAAUCAAAUUGACAUGUAUACACAUCGUAUUGGUCGUACAGGACGAGCUGGGAAGACAGGUUCUGCAACUGCAUUUUUGACUCUACAUGACAGUGAUGUAUUCUAUGAUCUGAAGCAGAUGCUGAUUCAAAGCAAUAGCCCAGUGCCACCAGAGCUGGCCAGACAUGAGGCUUCAAAGUUUAAGCCCGGGAGUAUUCCUGACAGACCUCCUAGACGCAACGAGACUCUUUUUUCUCAUUGAUAGAUAUUGCAUAUGCUGCUUAUUGAUGGUGUUUGAAAAUUUUACUCAAUUGAACUUGAUGACUUUUCUUUUCUAGUUUUGAGGACUUCAUCUAUAGUCAUCUUUUAUCUGGUAGAAAGCAUCUAGAUUGUGUAUCAAGGUAUGUCUUUUCCAAUUGGUCUGUCUUGACAGCCAAAAUGUUGGUUUUAUUUAGAUUAAGGUUGAAACGUCAUUUGAAUUACAUGUACUUGUGCUGUUAAAAUUUCUCCUAAUUGAUCUAUAUAUUAUGGUCAAUCCUUUUUAUUUCUUA